AGAUGGUUCCAGGGUGGACAUGGAGGUAGCCACCUAGCUCCGCGGAACCGCCUGUACCUCGGCAGCGCCCGCUGCAUCCCGGAGGCGCCGGCUGCCACCGUGCGCUCCGGCGCUGAGCAGCGGAGCCCGGCCUCUCGGCAGGACGCACGACCCAGGGGCGCCGCGCAGCCCGCGGAGGAGAGGAGCCCGCGGAGGGAAGCUUUACCCGGCUGAGGGCAAGCCAGGCUCGCAGGUCUCCGGCGCCGCGCUCCGGCCGCGCGCGGGGAGGAACUCGGCCACCAGCGGCGCCAUCCCGGAUGCGGACCGGCAACUUGGAGCAACUUUAAGAUCUGAGCAGUCCUCCCGGCCGCGCAGACCCUGAGCAAGCGGGCGAGCGCGAAGAUGCCUCGGCCGGGCCGCAACACGUACAGCGACCAGAAGCCGCCCUACUCCUACAUCUCCCUGACCGCCAUGGCCAUCCAGAGCUCCCCGGAAAAGAUGCUGCCGCUCAGCGAGAUCUACAAGUUCAUCAUGGACCGCUUCCCCUACUACCGGGAGAACACUCAGCGCUGGCAGAACAGCCUGCGCCACAACCUCUCCUUCAACGACUGCUUCAUCAAGAUCCCGAGGCGGCCCGACCAGCCGGGCAAGGGCAGCUUCUGGGCGCUGCACCCCAGCUGCGGGGACAUGUUCGAGAACGGCAGCUUCCUGCGGCGCCGCAAGCGCUUCAAGGUGCUCAAGUCCGACCACCUGGCGCCCAGCAAGCCGGCGGACGCCGCGCAGUACCUCCAGCAGCAGGCUAAGCUGCGGCUCAGCGCGCUGGCCGCCUCGGGCACCCAUCUGCCGCAGAUGCCGGCCGCCGCCUACAACCUGGGCGGCGUGGCGCAGCCCUCGGGCUUCAAGCACCCCUUCGCCAUCGAGAACAUCAUCGCGAGGGAGUACAAGAUGCCCGGGGGACUGGCCUUCUCUGCCAUGCAGCCGGUCCCGGCUGCCUACCCUCUCCCUAACCAGUUGACUACCAUGGGCAGCUCCCUGGGCACGGGCUGGCCCCACGUGUACGGUUCGGCGGGUAUGAUCGACUCGGCCACCCCCAUCUCCAUGGCGAGCGGCGACUACAGCGCCUACGGAGUACCGCUGAAGCCCCUGUGCCACGCCGCGGGCCAGACGCUGCCCGCCAUCCCGGUGCCCAUCAAGCCCACGCCGGCCGCGGUGCCCGCGCUGCCAGCGCUGCCCGCGCCCAUCCCCACCCUGCUCUCGAACUCCCCGCCCUCGCUCAGCCCCACGUCCUCGCAGACAGCCACCAGCCAAAGCAGCCCAGCCACCCCGAGCGAGACGCUCACCAGCCCGGCCUCCGCCUUGCACUCCGUGGCGGUUCACUGACCCACAGAAGCCGGGGCUCCUUCUCGGUCACCUCCACACCAACCCGUCUCACCACGUCCCCGACUCCGGGUCCAGCCCUCUCCAACUUAGAACGCUACCCUGACUUGCCCACUCCACCUCCUUCCUUCAAUCCUCUCUCUUAGGAGAACUCCUGUUUGGUUUUUGGACCCAGAAGACAAACCGCAAACUUGCCAGAAGGCGCGUGAAAGUUGUCCUCGCCCCUGUAGGGCACCAGGGGAAACAGGAACUAGCCCAAGCCAAGCGGCCCCCCAUGUACCCCCAUCCAACAGGCAGGACGCCCUGACUCCCUCCUGCUCGGAGAAAACAAAAAACCAAGCAAACAAAACAAAACGCCCCCAAAACGCAACUUCUGAGCUUGGAUCGGCGGAGCUCUGGACUCUGCGAGAUUUCAAGACCGGAGACACAGCCUAGGAGCAGAAGCCCACCGAGGCCGCAGCAAAAGAGCUAGGGCUGGACCUUCUAGGUCCUGGAAAUCUGCGGCUGCGGGACCCGCUAAUCCUCCGAGCACCUCGCCUCCGCCCACCAGGCCGGGAGGGCGGACCGCUGCUUCCCCGGGCUGCCUGCGGCCCUGCCUCCCGGGCUUCUAAAGAGGAUUUUCAAAUUUCUUUCCUUCUGGUUUUUUUUUUUUUUUUUUUUCGGGCUAGAGGCUCCUUGGGAGUGAGGAGGGAGACCCCUAAACUGGGGAGGACGCUUGUCCUGCGCACAAGCAAAACACAACUAAAAGUCACUGUUAUUGUUUACAAAGCGCGCGGUUGAAAAAAAUGUAAACAGUGAAUUUGAGCAUCCGCCUGGCUGGGCGGGCGAGGGGGCAGAGUCCCCUUUACAAUUACCUGUUGUAAUGUGAAUGUUUACUUUUCUGGCCAGCUUUUUUUUUGGGGGGGGGGGAUAGGGAGGGAGUGGGGGAAGUUAAUUGGGAUGUUAACUUUCUUACUAUUUAGAGGCGUUUUUAGCUAUUUAUUUUGAUGGAGAAAGAAAGAGAGAAGAAAGGAAGAGAAAAAAAAGAAAUGUGAACUAAGCCCCAUCGAGAAAGCACCUAAGGGCAAGUGGGGAAGAAUGUAGGUGAACCGACUGGGAACGCGAAGGGGGAUAUCAACAGAGCUCUUUCUGUUCGAAGAACUUUUCCGGGAAGCUGAAGGGCUGCAAAGAGUUGUAAAUAGGAAUGAUUUACACUGUGUAAAAUGCACUUUGGUUUGGUAUUAUUCCUUUUAAGCGUCCUAGGUAAAUUGACUGAAAACAAAAACAAACAAACACAAACCAACAAAGAACAGCCUAACAGUUGUUCCGGUGUGACCUGCUUAAUUUAAAAAGAGGAACUGUAGUGUUGUCCAAGCUGUGAAAAUUUUUCCCCUUUUAUCUUUCUUCCUCUCUGCACAGAAUUCGCAUGGCGUUUAAAAUAUUGAUGCCCUUGUUCCCAGCAUGCCCAUUUAAAGACAGAGUUUUAAAAAGGUGUCUACAUUAAAUUAUGACCUAGUCUAAAUCAUAUUUUCUCAUUAAAAUAUGU